GCGGUGGACAUGUGGUCUGCGGGUGUGAUCAUGCUGUGUAUCCUGAGUGGCUGUUAUCCGUUCUUCCGCUCUCCUGACGACAUCUCUGCCUUGUGUGAGAUCAUCACUGUCUUCGGGACAACAGCCAUAACCACUCUAGCCAAAAAGAUUGGCCGCAAUGUGGUCUGCAGUGAGAAGCGGAAGCCGCUGAACCUGCGUAUCUUGUGCGAGAGCCUGAGACAGCGCAAGACUAGCGGCAAACUGCCCAAGGCUGACCAACCGUUGUGUCAGGACUGCCACCACUCCAACACCCUCGAGCACGGCUGCCUGUGUGAGGACAAGUGUAGGCUCGAACUGUCCUCCAGCUACUUCCCCCGCUCUGCCUUCGACCUGCUCGCCAGACUCCUGGACGUCGACCCUGACACUCGGAUAUCAGCCGAGGACGCCUUGCAACAUCCCUUCAUUACAGAGACCUGACCCUUCACUUCUAGUCUAGGUGUAUUUAAAUGUUUUAUUGUUAAGUGUGCCUUAUUUUAUAUGUAAAACUACCAUUAUAUGUGAUGUAUGGUUUGAUAUUAAAAUUUUCUUA